AUGAUCGGAAAUAGGAGAUACCUUUGCUCACUUGGAUCAGAUGCAGAUGCAUCAAUGGUGAACUCAACAGGGUUCACAGUAGGAUCAAUUCGCUUCCCUGAACAAACUGGAUCGCCAGUCUCCACCGUCUUAAAGACUCCCUCCCAUGACACAGAUGCAUUCACUCCAACCCCGGCCGGCUCCACUACUUCACCGGCGUUGUCUCGAUCCAAAGAUUCGACCGUCUCCGUUCGUCUCCGUCCCAUUCGAGACAUUGUCAAUUGCUACUUCGGACUUAGGGCUCCUCUCUUCCCAGCGGGCUCCCUCCAAUUCAGGUUUCUCCACUGUAUCUACGGUUACACUGCAUAUUCAGCUAGCAAGUUUGGGCUUCAGGGUUUAGCGCAAGCAUUGCAACAAGAAGUUAUAUCUGAUGAUAUUCAUGUGACUCUCUUGUUUCCUCCUGACACGGAUACACCCGGGUCUGAACAAGAACAGAAGAAGAGACCAAAGCUCACUUAA